AAUGUCCAGCGUGGCAGUGCUUAGAAGAUAUGCCAUCACCUCCCGCACUCACAAAAAAGAAUCAUCACAUCCCUGGAUCCUUUAAUAAUACUCAGCUUUUCCAUUGGAAUCUGCUCACAGCUGUCUGGGUAGCGAAUGAUAAAGCCAACAUGGAUUUUCCGAUGGACGACUCCAUUCUUCUUUGGAAUCCCGAUUUCCCAAUUUCCAACCCGAAGGGGACGAUGAGAAAUCUCAAUGACAGACUGGCCGAUUUCAUGAAACACUGCUACGACCUCGAAAAGUCCAAUCUGGUGUUGCAAAAGAAGAUUGAAGAACGAGUGAAAGAAUUUGCCCCCGUGGGGUAUGACUGGCAGAAAAGAGAGAAGGAGAGCAAUGAUCUUCUGCAGUCAAUUGGGGACACGGUUAUGCUAAAUGCUGCAAUCUCUCUAGACAUUGACAAUAACCUCAUGGAACUUACACUCCUUAAGGAAAGGCUAUAUCAUGAGCAAUUUGAGCACAAAGACAUUUUACAGAAAAAGAAACUUGUGGAAUCCGUGCUCGAAGAAGUCAAACUUUCCGUCCGCGAUAUAGAAUUUGCAAUCAAUGACAAGAUGGCGGAACUUAAAGACUUAAAGCUGAGUCACCAAGAGGCAGUCCAGGCUGUGCAGCAGUUAAUUCCCCCUAUCGAUGAGAUUCAGUUUGCCGUGGUGGAGGAUGGGAGCAGGAUGGAACUGUCCCAGCUUCUCAAUGAGAUCAGGACACACUAUGAAUCCCUCAUCAGCAGCAGUCAGAUGCCUCUGGACCUUUCAACCAACACCCAGCUAGAAGAAGAAGCACGGAAGAAAAUGGAGAAGGAAGAAGAGGAGCUGAGAGAAGCCAGAGCCAAUCUCAAUGAAGCCAGGCGACAGUGGAAAAGCCUUCAAGUAGAGAUUGACACUCUCCAAGCUUUGGAAAGGAGCUUGAAAUACACCCUACAAGCUACCAAGCAGCAACACCAGAAGCAACUCAAAGAUCUGGCUGAGGUGAUUGUGGAUUUGGAGCAAGAGCUGAAGGAGGUGAGGCAAGGCAUCCGAAUCCAACUACAAAAGCACAAGAUGCUCCUGAAUACCAAUAUGAAGCUGGAGCAAGAGAUCUCAGCCUAUCGAACCCUACUGGAGAGAGAAGAAAAGAGGUUGGUUGCUACUGAUGCUGAGAAAUUUCAAGAGCAAAAACCAUCCACAAGUAGAAUAGCUUUUGCCUUUCCUCCUGGUAUUAGCUGGGAUUCAGAGACGGAUGCCUCACAGAAUCAGAGUGAAACAUGCAUUGAGGAAUCUGGCAGUUGGUUCAGCGAGGAUGAUGAAAGCUCAAGUGUCGACAAGAUUGCUGAGAGCGACAACGAAUUCAAACAAAAGUGGCCAAUGUUUAAUGGAAAAAUCGAGGAAGAAGGCUUAGAAGCAAGUGGCACUGUUCAAACUGCCAAAGUGGACAAAGUUAUUAAAGAAUGGGAAGGAUCGUUCUUUAAAGACAAUCCCAAGCUUAGGAAGAAGUCGGUGUCCUUGAGAUUUGAUCUUCACCUUGCUGCAGCUGAUGAGCAAAGGCCUCAAGCCAAAGAGGACAAUUUAAAAGACAUAGAAGUUCGGUUGGUAAUGAGACGCUCAUGUAGCAUUCCCACCUUGAGCCCGUGAGUUACUUCCAACGAAUCCAAAGAUAACUUCAUGGACAAAAUGGAUUUCAUGGCAAAGUGCAUCGAUACACACUAACAAAAGGUGAAAGUGUUUGAGCUAUGUUGUUAUCUGCAACAAAACCUUAGGUAAUACUGUACAUGUUAUACUAUUUCAAAAAAAGAAAAUGUGUAGGUUUAUGGUUAUUGGUCAGAAUCCUACUUUUUCAUAUUUAUAUACCCUUCUCCCUUAGCUCCCACCCACAUUUACACCCCAGAGUUUUUCACCAGUUAGUGGGGUUAACAUAAGCAGCUCCAGGUAAACAGAACAUUAUUUAUUGACUCAUCAUAACAUUUUAUUGACUCUACCAUUGGCCAUUCAACGUAUGUUCAGCAAAAUCUGCAGAGUAGCUUUAAAGAAGGAGAUAUCCCUUUACAAAAGACAUGGACCUUCAUCUUCUACCUACAUGUGAUGUGCAAGCCGAAACAAAUGUUACCUGCAGAGCAAAGCAACCAAUUCAAAUGACUUUAUCACUUGCUCACUGGUACAACCUGAAAAGGUUGUGUUUGUGCUUGUAAGACUUACUCUGAAAGACAUGGAGUCUCUUUCUAUAAGUGCAACAUGGAGCUAUGAUCUUUGGGGCUAGGGGUGUAAAUAUAAAGGGGUAGACUCUGCAACUGCUGGGCGGCGAGGAGGUAUGGGGGUUCCCAGUGGGGUACUGACUCAUAAGCAAUUGUUAAUGAAAAAUGCCUUACUCCCAUAGUUUAGGGUGGUCCUAAAAUUAUUUUUGAUGUGGUUUCAUCAUUGUUUGAAGCACCCAAAACCUUAUCCUGAAGUAAUUUCUUGGACUUCUAGAGAAACAGAAGAACUUUAGCAUAGGGUAUGAAAUAUGAAACUAAGAAUCACUAGGCUAUGAGAUGACUUGAAUUGUAGUUAUUUAUAUACUGCUAAGGUUCCUUCUCAAAACAACAUACUAAUAAUUAUCUUUACUUACCAUAUGUUUUUCGGUUUUCAAAUUUGAACUUGAAUGUAUCUUGAGUGCUAUGCAAUAAUCAAACCAAAGGAAAUGCAUAUAUUCCUCUGUAGUAGAAAGUGAAACACAAGGUGUUUUUUUAGCUUUAUUUCAUAUAUUAUUUUCACUGGCUCCUCUUUGCUGUACGGCUGAUGUAUGUUGGGGCAAAUAAUUCUGUAAAGGGAGCAAGCUGGUCAUUUACAUUUUAGGGCAGUGAUCCUGUCAUGCACAUUAAUUCCAGCUUAGGUGACAGUUGAAGUAAAAAGUAGUAGAAAUAUGAGUUGCCACCUGGGAGCUGUUAGUAGAAACUAAUAAAAGCAUCGAAGCUACAAAGGAGACAGGUAUGGGAACUAUUUCUCAGGGUAAAGGAGAGAAAGAAGAUUUAUGCCUGGAAACCAAAGUUAAGGUGACAAAGGAUCUUUUACCAGAUCUGCACAGAUCUCCAAAUAGCUCCAACGUCAGUGCUCUUAGCAAGGUAAUAAAUAGAAUUUUUUAAAACAUUUUAAAUCUGGCAUAAGCCUGCUGUAAGUGAAUCCUUGUGGGAUAGGUUUUUUUUGUCUGGAUCAAUUAUGUCAGCUUUAAUAGGGGGCGGGUUGUGGGAUAAUGCUUUAAUAUUCAUAUUGGCAAUGUCUACAUAUCAAGUAAUAACAGAUUUCAAAAACUGCUGCCUUGCGAGGAGAGCCGUUUAUGUGUAUAGAUUUUUUAAGGUAAGAAUGGCCUUAAUCAAGAAUUUUAUUUAGUCGUUUGCCAGAAUGCAAUAUUUCAAACAAUUCUGAAUCAUUUCACUUCAACGCAUCAUUACUUCUACUUAAUUUCAUUUUAAGCUGCAUUUCAGUGGGAUGUAAAUACCAGUAAAAUAAAAAUAUUGCUAAAUCA